AUGGCUUGUUGUGCAUUGCAAACAGUGGCUCUGCUGCUUGUGAGCAUUGGUAUGGUUGGAACAUUUACUGUCACUCUGAUGCCGCAAUGGAAAGUAUCGGCUUUCACAGGAAACAACAUUAUAGUCUUUGAGACAAUUUGGGAGGGCCUCUGGAUGGUGUGUGUCAGCCACAUCCGAAAAUAUCAGUGCAAAUUCUAUGAGUCCAUGUUGGCCCUUCCAAUGGCCUUAGAAGCAUCCAGAGGGCUGAUGUGCACAGCUUGUGUAUUGUCAGUUAUUGCCUUUCUAAUUGCUGUCUCUGGCAUGAAGUGCAUGCGAUGUCCUGGCAAUGAUGAGCAAACAAAAAGCAAGAUUUUGUCGACUGCUGGAAUCAUUUUUCUUCUAACUGGCAUCAUUGUGUUGAUUCCUGUUUCCUUGGUUGCUGACAAUAUCAUCAAGGAUUUCUACAAUCCAGUAAACCAGGUUGCCCGGAAACAUGAACUGGGAGCCGCCCUUUAUUUAGGCUGGAUCACCUCAGGAUUUCUAAUCACUGGAGGGGCCAUAUUUUGCAGCUUCUGCUCCUGUCCUGAGAAACCUAGAAGACACCGAUAUUCAGCACCCACUAGCCACAGACUAAACAAACCUGAGUGCAUCAGAAUGAAGCCCCUAAGUGUACAUUCUUAUGUUUGA